AUGCCAGCCUUCUCCAGACUCGUCCGGUUUCUUGCCAAAGAUGACCGAAUCUACUACGGUGAUGCCAUCCUCCCCGACGGCGAGGCCAACAUCGCCAAAGCGAAAAAGGCGCAUGUGAUCACCGGUGAUGUCUUUGGGGACCACAACGUUACCGAUAAGAUUGUCGAUAUUCGCCUUCUUCUUGCUCCGCUGGCAACGGAGGAUGUCGGUACUGUGAGAUGCCUUGGCUUGAACUACACGCAGCAUGCCAUUGAGACCAAGAUGCCUAUUCCCAAAUUUCCCGUCCUUUUUUACAAACCCAAGUCAUCGCUCUCAGGACCAUCCGACCCUAUCCCCAUUCCCGCAAGAGCGCAGACCGGCCAAUCACUGGAUUACGAAUGCGAGCUUGUCAUCGUCAUUGGCAAGCAGGCCCUUGACGUUUCCGAAGAUGAUGCAUUGGAUUAUGUCCUGGGUUAUGCUGUUGGCAACGAUGUAUCUCACCGUGACUGGCAGAUCAAAUUCGGCGGAGGCCAAUGGUCUCUUGGCAAGGGCUUCGAUGGAUGGGCGCCUUACGGGCCCGGUAUCGUGACCAAGGACGUCAUCAAAGACGGCCAGAACCUCAACAUCUGGACCAAGCUCAAUGGAGAGACUGUGCAGAACAGCUCCACCAAAGACCAGAUAUUUGGCAUCAAAAAGGUCAUCUCGUUUUUGAGUCAGGGUACCACUUUGGAACCUGGCGACCUCAUCUUUACCGGAACCCCCGAAGGAGUUGGAAUGGGAAGGAACCCACCCCUCUGGCUCAAGGAUGGGGACGUUGUCGAGGUUGGCCUCGAAGGAGUUGGGUCAAUCACAAAUGCGGUUGAAUUCGGAACCCCUAACGCGAAGAUCUAG